AUGAUUGACUCUCACUAUGUCGAUCGACUUCACCAGUUUAUAUUGCCGACAUGGUUUAUCAACAUUAACUGGCGCACCAACCAGGCAUUGUAUUAUUCUCCAGAGCUACUUGCAACGACAAAUGCUCGUACUAUUUGUUUCCCGAUUAUUGGGAACAGGAUCCGAAUGCCGCGUUUUUGUCAUGAGCUCUGGACAAAUUUUGAUGGAUCUUGUGCUCCUGAUGACGCCAAAGGCAGAAGUGUUGGGUUGCUGCACGUACACACCAUGACACGUGUUCGUGACGUCCAGCGUCGCUUUCCGAACGCAACAUUGGAUUUAACACUUUUAGAAAGUCAAGAAGACAUGCAAAUAUGUCGAGGAGGACUCACGUCCCUCGGGUUUAAACGCUCGGAUGUGAUUUUCGUCGAAGAUUAUCGAUACGAAACCGGAUUAUUAUCUUCGGACGUUGUGCAGUGGUAUAAAGUAGUGGCAGCUCUGAGAAGCAUCGGGCAAGGCUACUUCUUGUUACGUGGUCUCGGAUUGAUGCUAAGCUGCUACUUUGUUCACGCUCGCCAUCUAUUUAUGAAGGUCCCAACGCAAUGCGUAGUGUUCGGUAGUCCGUUCCCCGUGUCGUGCUAUGUUUUGGCUCAUUUACUGGACGCUCCUUUUACGUACGACGUGCUAGAAAGCAAUUUUUUCUCUCAAGGUGGCGUGUUGGACAUCCAUCUCGAAGCGUUCAUCUCCUAUGCUGUUGUUCAGAUGCGUAACGUGUGGAUAUACGCCGGUAUUAUUGGCGUCCCGGAAUUUUUACUAAGCGCAUUUUCAAGUAUCACGUUGAUCGCGCAGUAUCGCUCGACAUCGUUUAGAUCGUCUAAAAUUCUUAGAAUGAUGGAAGUGGCAGUGUGUUACUCGGCGGUGUGA